AUGGUUUCUGACUCGGACCUCGUAACCCGGCUCCGGGAAAUUCUCAGUAGCUCCGACUUAGAAACAACGACGCCGGCGAGCGUUCGCCGUCAGCUUGAGGCGUAUUUCGGCGUCGAAUUGACGGAUAAGAAGGCUUUCGUCAGGGAUCAAAUCGAUGCUUUUCUCGAGAGCGAUGCUGUGGUAAAAAGCAAACCCGAAGAAGAAGAAGAAGAAGAAGAAGACUGUAGCGAAGAAAACGAUGAAGAGGGAAGUGAAAACGAUGAAGACAAGACAGAACGACCGGUAGAGGCUAAGAAACGUCGUGGCGGGUUUAACAAAAUAUGUCAGCUUUCUCCACAACUAGACAAGUUUCUAGGAACAUCUCAGUUAGCUCGAACAGAGGUCGUGAAGAAAAUGUGGGCAUAUAUCCGUGAACACGAGUUGCAAGAUCCAAAGAAUAGGCGGAAUAUAAUAUGUGACGAGUCGCUCUAUUCCUUGUUCCGUGUAAAGACCAUUAAUAUGUUUCAAAUGAACAAGGCAUUGGCAAAGCAUAUUUGGCCUCUAAAUGGAGAUGGGUGUGUUAACAAUAGUGUUAAAGAAGAAAAUGAAGAUGAAUCAUCUGGAGAAAGAGAUGAGCAAAACGAAGACGCAGGAAAGAAUAAUGAAGAAGAAGAAAGUGACGAAGAGGUAGACCGGAGUUCACGAAAACGCAAGAAGAGAAAACCAGCCAAGUCCGAAGAGAAACCCAAAAAAAAAGGAGGCGGCUUUACCAAAAUUUGCAGUCUUUCGCCAGAACUUCAGGCUUUUACGGGAACUCCUCAGCUAGCUAGAACAGAAGUUGUGAAAAUGCUUUGGAGCUAUAUAAAGGAGAACAAUUUGCAAGACCCAUCUGAUAAACGCACAAUAAUAUGCGACGAGUCAUUGAGAUCGCUGUUCCCUGUCGACUCUAUUAAUAUGUUCCAAAUGAAUAAACUUCUAACCAAACACAUAUGGCCUCUAGUACAGGAGGAGGAAGUAGGAACAGCUCACGAACCAAAGAAGGGAAAGCAGAAAAUGGAGAUAGACGAAGGAACAGCUAACGAUCCAGAGAAGGGAAAGCAGAAAAUGGAGAUAUACGAAGAUAAUGACGAAGCAGCAAAUGAAGAAGAGGCCACUUUCAUUAAGACUGAACAAUGAUUAGUCAUUAGUCCGUCGAAGGGGUCAAUUUUGGUAAGCAUUUAAUCUAUACGAACUCAGAUUUCAACUGAUGUUGAGUUAGCAUUUGUUCACUCUCGGGUAUAUAUAGUGACAAAACUGGACCUGACCAAGAGUCGUUUUGACUUCUGACUAAUUCUUUUUGUAAUCAGACUUUAAACUAUGCAAUG